UGAACGGGGGCUGAGAAAGCGCCAUGUUCUUCGUUUUUCAAUCUGAAAAUCAAUAUCUAAUCUAUCAUUAAAUUCGCACCGGAAAUUACUCUCUACUUCAGUUCCGUUCGUUUCCUUUGCUUAGCAUUUGGAUAAUCAAUAAUCUGUACACCAAGAAAGGAACUCCAUUUCCACGUCUCUGUUCUGCAAGUUACUUUGUCUCUUUCUUCCAUCUACUCAUCACUAUAUGCAUUCCAAUCCCACGCUUUCCCCUUUUUCUUACUUUUCCAGUUCUUAUUUCUUACUUUUAAUCUUACAUUAAUCUCAAAUCUGCGUUUAUGGACUCCUUCUAGAUCUGAGUUGUUCCAAUCUUUGCCUCUUUCGCAUUUUUCAUGGAGUAAGAAUCGGCCUUGGUUGCGAGGAAUGGGAGCCAGUGGGAGUAAGUUGUCGAGUAGUUCGCCGCCGCCGCCGCCACCACCGUCGGCGGCGGCGGCGAAUCUCUCAUGUUCUGGGAGAAUCCGGAGGGGGAGAUCCAAAGGCCGUAGAGUCUUCCAGUCUGCUUGCCUCGGUACCCCCUCUGGAUCGCACCACAGCGACAAUGACGAUAAUGAUUGUAAAAGUGAGAACAAAAAGAAUGCUCAUGAUUAUUCAUCUGCAAAUCAGACUGAUCAAGCUAAUGAUCAGAUGAAAAUUGAGGGUUACAGAAGGGUCAAAGCUGAGGAAUCUCUUGAAAUGCCUUGCGUAUCAUCAAAUGUUGAGUUUGAUGGAUGGGAUCAAGCAGGUGUUGCUGUUGCAGCAGCAGCUCCCAGAGCUGGAAGUACCUCUGCUCGUGUAUCGUCCCUGCAAUCGUUGAACCCUUCGAGUAACUUCCUUUCUCGCUUUAGUUUCAUUCCUGGUAAUAUAAGCUUCAGACUUAGUAGAGCAAGCAGUUUAGGAUCAUCUAGAUCUUUUCCUGUGUCUUCAACAAAUCUUUCAAUGUUGAACGAUGAAGCCGAGCUUCAUUUAUCAGACAGACCUCCUGGAGGCUUGGGUGCUCAAGAUGAAACUCAGCAAGGUAGUGACUUGCUUCCUGCGUCGCCGGCUAGUGCAACUCGUGCUCAAUGUUAUGGAGAUAGUCCUGCCAAUUUUAGGCUAGAUACACAAAAUUUGAGUCUUUCUGAUAACUUACAAGACAAUCAGUCAGUUGGAAACCUUUCCCAUGCUCAAACUCUACCUGAAAAUGAAAGCAGUGAGAUUAGACAAUCUGACAGGCGGACUGGAUCUAGGGAACCGGUUGAACGCAAUUUUCGUUUCAGUCGGACCCUUAGUGUUGGAAGACUGCGUGAUAGAGUUCUUCGUAGAUCAUCAUUGUCUGAUUUCACAUUUUGUCCUCCACAACAAGAUGGUGAAGAGAGAGGUGCAAGUCACAGUGGUGAUGGUGGACAUGUCUGGACUGCUGAGACGAGGGCGUUGGCAUCUGUAGAUAAUGCUAUGACCUCGCCAACAACGUCAGGUUAUCCGGCUUCUAGUCUAUCCAGUUCGUUGUUCAGCACCCAAGGUUUUGAAAUGGAAACUACACGACCUAGAGAAGCUAGAUAUCAUGAUCUGCUGGAACACAGAUCAAAUUUCCUCGAACGGAGAAGACGAAUACGGUCCCAGGUUCGUGCCUUACAGCGGUUGGGAAGUCGCUUUGAGAACCUAUCUGGGCACGAGAGAUCGUGCAUAUUAUCCGGUCAACAUAGAACCAGUCAUUGUACUUGUCGUAUCAACAAUCGUGACACAAACGUAAACGAUAACACAAGUGCUAGAGCCAGUAUAUCAAGAAUUGUAAUGUUAGCUGAAGCCUUAUUUGAGCAAUCUGUAGUUUUAUCCUCCCGCCCUGCGUCUUCUUUUGGCUCUCUGCCUGCUCCGAACGCUGUUGUAGAUUCUUUGCCUGUUAAAUUUCAUUCCAAGUUGCAAAAGCAUCAAAACGAGGAAGCUGCCCAAUGCUACAUAUGCCUGGUCGAGUACGAGGAAGGGGAUAGCAUGAGAGUGUUGCCUUGCCAUCAUGAAUUUCACGCAGCAUGUGUCGACAAGUGGCUGAAGGAGAUCCACAGGGUGUGCCCGCUCUGUCGAGGGGACAUAUGCAGCAGAUCUGAUGCGUUAUCAGACGAUGUUAAGUGAAAACAAUUCGUUUCCAUCCAAAACGUGCUGUCUUCUGUGUAUGCUUCGAAAUCGAGUGAUGGCUGCUAGCUAGAAAAUUGUAAGGGUUUGAAAAUGAUGAUGAAAUAUUCAGGUUUUUUGUUCUAUAAGGAUGAACUUGCUAGACUGUUGUAUGUAAUGGAAAGUGGAGGAUUCAGCAGUUGAGAAAUAUAUCAGCCUUUUUUUCUUUCUUA